GUCGUCACCGCCGACAAGCAAACCCCGAUCCGUGAAGAGCAUCAGAAGCGAAAAACAGAAAGGAAGAGAGGAGGAGGAGGAGGAGGAGGAGGAGGGGGAAAGAAAGAAAGAAAGAAAGAAAGGAAAAAAAAAAAACACCAAAUCAAAAUUCAGUAGAGCAUCAGAUGCGAAAGAUCCAAAAGCUCCGACUGAUUUCGGCAUUUCUUGAUUGUAAAGAUUCUUGAAAAGAUCGAAACUUUUCUAAUGGGGAAACCCCUAAUCUACGAAAUCUUGGAGAAGCCUGCUACCAGUUGCAUCAUAGGGCUCUGCACUGCGAUUUGGUUCUACAUCCAAAAGAAAAACAUUGGGUAUUCUAACGUCGGAUUGAGCUACGAUGCAGCCAUCGAGGGCCACCAUUGGAGGCUAAUAACCUCGGCGUUCUCGCAUGUAAGUGUCCUCCAUCUGGUCUUCAACAUGAGUGCUCUGUGGAGCCUUGGGGUUGUUGAGCAAUUGGGUCACAUGGGUCUCGGCGUGGAGUGCUAUCUCCAGUAUACUCUUGUUCUGAUAGUGUUGUCGGGGGUCUUGGUUAUUGCGGUUUAUCAUGUCUUGAUUCAGAAAUUUAAGGUGGAGUAUUUCAGAAGAGUCACAGCGGCCGGGUAUUCUUGCGUCGUGUUCGGAUGGAUGACGAUCCUUGCGGUGAAGCAGCCUUCGUCGAAGUUGAGUCUGUUUGGGGUUCUUUCGUUGCCGAUCAGCUUUGCGCCCUUUGAGUCGUUGAUAUUCACGUCGAUAAUUGUUCCGCAGGCGAGCUUCGUCGGGCAUCUGUCUGGGAUUGUGGUUGGUUAUUCUAUUGCUUGGGGUUUGAUUCAUGGGAUGAACAAUUAUUGGGCGAUUAUGAUGCUUGGUUGGGUCGUGCUUGUGUUUGUGUUGAGCUUGAAGCGGUCUGGAGCUCUUGACCUCUCUUUUAUUGAGAUAGAGAACGUGACGGAUUCUUCACUGCCUACCGUGGGUUUUGUUGGAAACGGUAGAACUUUGCAGAUGGCUGUACUGCCUCGCACAGGAGCUGAACUCGUGUAAUUUUCAGAUGACAGUAAAUUUUGUUGAUAAGAUCGUAUGUUGGGUUAUACCGGUUAUUCUUCUCAUUACAUUUCGGCGCCGUUGUAUAUUUUGGCUUUGGUAGCUAUUGCUGCAAAACUCUGGGAGGAUCUCCAUCACUGUAAGUAUCAAGUCUAAUCAGAACAUACAAUUUGAAGAUCAGAUAACAUUUAUGUACCAACGGAUCUGUGUUCUAGUUGAAUGUAGCUGUAUGACAUGGCAUUUGGAUUUCCUUUGCUUACCAAUUUUGUUACGCUACCAAAGAUGAGUGCUAGUUUGUUAAUCGUGAUUGAAUAAUAGAAGAAAAUUCUGGUUUUGCUGGUACAUACAUUUUGAAGAACAUUGAUUCUACAUGUAA